AUUGGCGCUUGUCGUGCUAGCUAUCGCCGACUGUGCUUCGCUUGCGAGUCUGUUUUUUGUUCUAACGGUACUCCUUGCGUUUCAUCUGAAAACGUUUCCGUGGUAGUGAAAUGAAAGAUAACCGCGACUGGUGAAAGUAACUGGUCAGUCAGUGCAGAGGGACCACAAUGGCAAGCAAUGUGUGUAGCCACGUGAAGGUGGUGGUUCGAGUGAGGCCGACCAACGAUACUGAGAAGCGCGAAAACUGCCGAAAUGUGGUCCAGGUGGUUGAUAACCACAUGCUCAUAUUUGAUCCAAAGGAACAGGACAUGUCAUGUUUUGGGUCUCAAAGAGUGCGGAAUAGAAACAUCAACAAGAGAGCUAACAAAGACCUCAAGUUUGUUUUUGACCACGUCUUUGACGAGAACUCUACUCAAGUUGACAUUUUUGAGAACACCACCAAAGGAGUGUUGGAUGGUGUGAUGAAUGGAUUCAACUGCACAGUGUUUGCCUAUGGUGCUACUGGAGCAGGCAAGACUCACACCAUGUUAGGCUCCCAAAAUGACCCGGGAGUCAUGUAUCGCACCAUGAAAGAGUUGUUCAAACGCAUGGAUGAUGCCAAGGACGAGAAAGAGUUUGCUGUAGCGUUCUCUUAUCUUGAGGUUUACAAUGAACAGAUCAGAGACUUGUUGGCAAAUGUAGGCCCUCUUGCAGUCAGAGAGGACAGUUCUAAAGGAGUGGUUGUUCAGGGCCUUUCACUGCAUCAGCCCAAAUCUGCAGAGCAAAUUCUUGAGGCUUUGGAUUCUGGUAAUCGAAACAGGACACAGCACCCCACAGAUAUGAACGCCACCUCUUCUCGCUCUCAUGCAGUGUUUCAGAUAUAUUUGAGACAGCAGGACAAAACUGCCAGCCUCAAUCCUAAUGUCUGCAUUGCCAAAAUGAGCCUGAUUGACCUUGCUGGCUCAGAGAGAGCCAGUGCGACCAACGCCAAAGGGGCACGAUUUAGAGAAGGUGCAAACAUCAACCGCUCACUGCUCGCUUUAGGAAAUGUCAUCAAUGCUCUUGCUGACCCAAAGAGUAAAAAGGCUCACAUACCAUACAGAGACAGCAAGCUGACACGGCUUCUGAAGGACUCCUUGGGAGGCAACUGCAGGACAGUUAUGAUUGCCAAUGUCAGCCCCUCAUCUAAGUCAUAUGACGACACCCACAACACUCUUAAAUAUGCCAACAGGGCCAAGGAGAUUAAGUCCUCGCUGAAGAGUAAUGUCGUAAGCCUGGACAGUCACAUUGGUCAGUAUGCAGUGAUAUGCGAGAAGCAACGGCAAGAGAUUGUACAGUUGAAGCAGAAGCUGAAAGAAUAUGAGGCGAAGAAUAUGGCGCCUGGGGCUUCUAACAUGAUCUCUCCACAUAAACAAGCAGAGUUGAAAAGGGUGUCGAAAGCUCUGCAGCAAAUCUUUUCAAGCCGAACCCAAAUCAGGCGAGAACAGCUGGAUCUGGAGAGACAACUGAAGGAGAAUGAGCUGCGCCAGCGCUACAGUGAGGAGGACAACCUGCAGGUCCAAUAUUUCUGUGCCAAGGAAAAGACUGAGAAGGCCACUUGUAAGCACGAGCGGAAGAUUGCCAGCUUACGCACUCAGCAACAACACAUUUGCAAACGUCUGAAGGAGGCAGAGACACGUUUUCUGGAAAAUGAUGGUUGGCUUCAUCGUGUCGAGAAUGAGAUUAAAUUGCUGAAGUCAAAUGAUCACACCUCAGAGGCGUUGGAGAAGGACCUACAUUGCCACAGACUGGAGCUGCAGGUGAAUGAUCUCAACCAACACAUAAAGCAGAUGGUCGAGCUCACUACACUGCAGGAUCAGGAAAACAAACGCAUGCAGAAGAUGGUGAACAUAUUGUUGCCAGCUUACAGUCGGCACUACUCUGCAUUGCGCGGGGCUGGGCUGGCCACAGGAGCAGAUGAGAUGGAGAACCACGAGCUAGAGCACCUUGUGUUGAGGGAGAGAGGUGUGGUCUGGGCCGACCAGGAAGGGGCGAGGCAGCAGCCGAAAGGUGAAGGGAUUGGUGUGGAUUCACAGAAGACAAAUGAGGCAGGAAACGUGGGGCUCCGCAGCGAGCUGGCAUCUGUCCUGUCUUUCUCACGUCUGCAUUAUCACCAGAGUAGCCCCUGCAGUGCAGAGAGGCACACACAAAGAACAUUGUUGUGCAACACUGCUCCAUCACCAACAGGUAGAGGAAGUCAAACACAUAUGACAAAGGAACCACCACCCAAAAUGCCUAUUAGGAGAAAUUUGUCUGCGUUACUCCCACCACAAAGCCCACGGACCAUUGCCAGGAGCCAAGUGUUUGAGGAGGGCAUAUGCCCCAUUCAAUGCACACCAGAACCUGUGCAACAAACUGUUCAGUCCAGGCUGCUGAGCUCCUCCUGCACCAUGGACCCCAACAUGACCUUUGAAGUUCUAGACAAAGAUGACCAAACCGCAUGCAAUGAAACCAUCAUAAUAAGCACUGGCAGUCCGUGUCAAGCAUCAACGUCCUCUGACCUCUCAGGUCCAAGCCAACUACAGCAUCCUCCCAAGGCCAGUGAGGUGAACCAGAUACCUACCAAAAGACAACAGAUCCAGUCCUUGCAGGAUGUGAGACGAGCCAACCCGACCUACAUGGGCAUGACGUCCGCUGCACAAGGAAAGCGUAAAUUUAACCGCAGCAUCAGAGACGAGUCAACACAGGGUUUUUCUGCACCAAAGCGCAUAAAGAAAGAGCCUUCAGUGGCCCCAGCUCCCCUCAGAGUGCAUCGUUUUGCUGGUUCGGAGAACAAACCCCGGAGAGUUGUGAGGAGCAUUUCUGAAGGAAAUCUCAACCUCCUGGAACCUCAGAAAUCCAAAUCUAUUUUCUAUAAGACAUCCCAACAGUUAAGACGAGUGGCCAAGCGGAUGUGAAGGAACAAUAUUUUUAAUAUCACACUAUUUGGCCUCUAUGAACAUUUUCGCUCUGCACUUCAGUUCGUCCACAUUCAUCUCUUUAAAAACAGUUCUCUCAAAAUGUUGUGGUUUUACUGUGGAAAUGUAAUAACAUCAAAAGUAAUAUUAGUUGCACUAAUGUGUUUUUUUUUUUAAGGAAUUUUACUUGACUGUACAUAAACAUUGUGUAGGUUUGGUCAUCUGUUUAGAUUAUUCUUUCUCUUUCUGACUGAUUACAUUGAUUUUAACUUUUUUUUAAAAAUUCUACAGUCAUUCACACACUAACAACAAAAAUAAAGCAACAUGUCCUGUGAAUGUUCUGUGUUUUAUGUACGUUAUGUACUUUGAACUAUCGUCUUUUCGAUGACCACAAUUCCCAGGGCAGCUAUAAUAAAGCUAAAACUGCUCCAUUUUGA